ACACACAGAAACAUGUACAUAUACAUACACACACACAGAAACAUGUACACAGACACAUGUAUACACACACAUACAUGUACAUACACACAGACACAUGUACAGAUACACACAUGUACACACACACACAACCCCACCCCCCCAUUAAAAGUUGCAGUACUUCGUUGUUCAUGCACAGAUCCGGGUACUGCACUCUAGGGGGAGGCAGAGAGCACAGCACACACUCCUUGCUUUGCUUUCACUGUGCUCAACUAUUGAGCAGUCUGAUGGUUCCCAGUGCCAAUGACAGAUCCAGCCUGAGCUCCGAGCCUGCUCAGCAAGACGACCCUGGGGGACACACUUGCCCCCAACAUAAUUUCCACUUGCUAUUGGCGAGCAGGCGAAUGGAAAUUUUAAGCCCUGUACAA